AUGAGUUCUACGUUCGCCGGAAAAGGUCAUGAAGCCUUGGUAUAUCUCAACCAUGUCAUUGAAGAAUACAAUUUUCUUCCCGAUAUUGUCAUCUUUCUGCACGCCAAACGCUAUCAAUGGCAUAAUGACGAUCCACUAUACGACAACGCCCGCGUCUUGUCGCGAUGCUCUUGGAGACCAGGUUGCCCUUCUGAGAUCAAACCCUUCAAAGAUGCCCUCGGACCUCUCUCGAAUGAGUAUGGCAUACGUACCGCUCCUCUAUACGCGCGUGCUUUCAAGCAAUUGUCCCCGGAGCUCGAAGUGCCUGCGGUCGUGGGAGUACCCUGCUGUGCACAAUUCGCUGUGACUAAAGCAAGAAUACAACAACGGUCCAAGGACAAUUACAAGACGCUUCGUCACACAGCGAAGGACUGUUAUUGUCGUACCUAUGGUCUCUGUAAUCUUGCAUGUCACAAAUUAGGUGCAUGUGACUCACAUCCAUUUCCGAAAUACUCUAAUCUGCCAGAGGGUUGA